CCUCGGGAUCUCCUUGUAUUUCUCACAAGAGCUCAUUGGGCGCGCAUGCAGGCGGACGCAACACUGCGCACUCCGUUAGGCUACAUACCAGAGUUCAGCGCAGCUCGAUCAACAUACAGCGGUAUUCAAGAGUCACAGCUGGACCUCAUCGAUAUAUUUUUAACAAUCCCCAAAGGUUAUCCGUUACCGUUUUCUGUGAAAACUUGUGCGUCGGUGAAGCCAUGUCCGAAGUGCUGCCAUACAACGAGGGAAACAUGAACGGGUACGGAGCGGACAGUGAAGUCGGUCAGAUAUCCUUCAGCUGUCGACUUCAAGACACCAAUUCGUUUUUCGGAACCUCGCAGUCUAAAAGGCCACCGAAACUCGGGCAAAUUGGCAGGGCAAAACACGUGGUCGUUGAAGAUGACCGAAUAGACGAUGUACUCAAAGGCAUGACGGACAAGUCAUCUCCCGGCGUGUAAACUUGAUCGUUUAUACCUCGUCGACCUUUUCUUUUAAUCACCGGUUUGAAGCACUUGUCGCCUGUGCAUGUGAACAGUGAACGAGAAGUGAAGAUGAUGGUACGGGUACAGUUCAGGAUGAAGAUGAGGGAGAUCAUUCUGGACAAUGGGUUGAAAUAGCGAGAUGUGAAGAUGCUGGCCAUUCUGAAACCCAUCCCAAAUCGGCGUUGUGAAGAAAGUUACCCACGAUUUCUGCUCAUUAGCCCUCUUGUCUUGUAGAAGUCACGGGUUCGAGUCUCAGAUUUCAUCACGCUGUUAUGAUGUGCGCGUGCAGGGAGCUGUCCACUUCAGCACCCGAUGCGCAACCUGAGUGCUUCUCAUCUUUUGCCGUCUUUCCAGAGAAAUAAGCUACAUUUAUAUAGCGCAUGGAAACUGGCAGAUGUAUGUAAUCGAGAGAUGGUUGAUUAAACGUUGUAUUAUUCAAUUACAGACUGAUUCACUGCCCCAUAUAGAUUUUAAAGCCAACAAAACCGCCAGCAGGCAUGAUGUGAAGAAGAAGAAACACAUGGAGUGAUAACAUCAAUCACGAGGGAAAUGAGGAGUAUAACUUCUUGCUUGAUUCAUUGCGUCUUUUCUAUUCGUGUAUAGAUUCAUACAUACGGUUCUCUUUGCAUGAACUUUCUCUUGUGCCAUUGCGGGUGUUUCCACCUCUGUUAAAACCCCAGGCACGAUUCUUUAUACCGAAAUCAAUAUUUGUAUUUUUAUAUUUGAAUAUUUGUAACUCGGAACGUCUGAUAUUUAAUAGUCCAUGAACAAAAACAGGGUGCGCAGAUACACAGGAAUAAAACAAUAUCAGAAAGGACAGACUGAAUGUUAUUUCAGGGAGGGGACGUAAUUAGAUAUCAGUAUUUUAUUGCUUUUCAUUGCAAUAAGCGAACGCAUCUUAUUUGUUAUUAAUAAUGACGUGGAUAGAAAAUACAAUUUCAGUCAUGUUCAACAGCACAGUUAUAUCGAUGUUUUAUUCAACAUCUCGGUUGUUUAUUUAUUGAUUUGUUUGUAUUCUUUUAAAAUGUUCGGUGUAUGGUUUAUUGUGCAUGAAUAUGAAUAUUUUUCAACAUUAUAAACAAGCAAAAAACUGUACACAAAUGUCGCAACAUUAUACAACUGACCUGAAUGAAUAAAUGGAUUUAGAGUAUUUAUCUAU